CCUGAAUUUGAAUCUGGUUAUGGUGUACACUCAGUCUACGAUAGCGAAGAGAUAACUGAGGAAAAGGAACAGCUCAUCUAAAAACAGUACAAAAUGUAUUAAGACAACGAGUUUCGACUGACUGUUAAAGAGAUAUAGUUUUCUUUUCAUGAUUUCAUCAUUUUAAAACAACACAUUUAUAAACGUGUGAUCAAAAUUAAGCUUUAAAUAGUAGUAUUUCUCAGCGAAGGAGUUCUAUGUAUAUACAGUUAGAAUAAAACUUCCAACAGAUUGUUAAAAAUAAAAGUCUUUAGCUUCUUUAUAUUGUUGUUCAGUGCCAAACAAGCUAACAGUGUUGUUCCACUUCAUAGCUACUUGUAUGUUUUAGCUUUUAGAACAAGCAACAUUUGGUUUCCGAUUUCACUGAAAGGGUCAUUUAUCAUUGCUGAUUGAGAAAUAUUGGCAUCAGUUAUUGACUUUACCGUCAUUAUUUGUAUUUGCAGUGUUCCUCCUACUUGUUAAAGUCAGAGUUUGAUGAAAGGUUUUCUUCACUACAAUAUGGUUUCAGCAAUAAAGAAUUUCUGUGACUGAACCUGAAUAUUCGAAAUGUUCAUUUAAGGCUGUUACCAUAACACAUUCACUAAAUAUUACAUUCAGUUAACUGUUACAAAUGAUUCUCUUGAUCAGUUUAAAAGUUGGCGAGGUGAGAGAGGAGGUUUAAAAUUUAGCGUAUGGUAAUGGUUUUGGUUGUAGUUCUUUUACACCUUGCUUUCAAUGUCAUUUCUCCCUGAGCCGGUGUCUGCUUGGGGCUCGGGGAAGCUGUCUUUAACAGCAACAGUGUCACUGUGUUGUAGAUGAGAGAGAGAAAUAAACAACCUCUCCACGGAAAUGUGACCUAGUGCGGCUUCAGGUUCAAAAUGUGGACAAACCUCUGUAUCGCGGGACAUACCACUGUUUCCAGUCAAUCAUACGGCAGGAAUCUAUGCUCGGUCUGUACAAAGGAAUCGGCUCUCCAAUGAUGGGGCUUACAUUCAUCAAUGCCAUAGUUUUUGGUGUUCAGGGAAAUGCCAUGCGCAAACUUGGCAGGGACACACCUCUCAACCAGUUCCUGGCUGGAGCCUCUGCUGGAGCCAUCCAGUGUGUGAUUUGCUGCCCAAUGGAGCUGGCCAAGACACGCAUGCAGAUGCAAGGGACUGGAGAGAAGAAGUCUAAGAGGAAGAUGUACAAGAACUCCCUGGACUGUCUGGUGAGAAUCUACAAGAGGGAGGGAAUCCGAGGGAUCAAUCGUGGCAUGGUGACCACUCUGAUACGUGAGACACCUGGUUUUGGUGUGUACUUCCUCACAUAUGACGUUUUGACGCGUUCGCUGGGCUGCGAGCCAGAAGACCCGUACAUGAUCCCCAAGCUGCUGUUUGCUGGUGGAAUGUCGGGCAUCGCUUCCUGGCUCUCCACCUAUCCAGUGGAUGUGAUCAAGUCACGUUUGCAGGCAGAUGGAGUCGGCGGUGUCAACCAGUAUAACGGCAUUAUGGACUGCAUUAGACAAAGUUUAAAGAAGGAGGGGUGGAGAGUGUUCACACGUGGACUCACGUCCACUUUGCUCCGUGCAUUUCCAGUCAAUGCUACUACAUUUGCCACUGUGACUCUAUUUUUAAUGUACAUGCGUGAGGGAGAAGAGUGUAGCAUUCAGGACUCGGAGCCGCAGUCUGUCCAGCUGCAGCCUCUGCAGCAACAGACUCAGCCAACCAGCAUGUAGGCCGCUGUCCAGCAGUCAGCAUCGCUACAAUCCGCAGCAAUUCUCUGUAGCAUAGACAAGUUUCAUGCAGGUCUAUGAUCCGUUAGCUGAUGCCCGUAAUGACGAAAGUGAACUGAUUCUCAAUAAGCAUUGGUCCACGGAGCUUCAGCCAAAUGGCCACAUGUAGUAUUUAAAUAAAAAAUAUAU